CAUGCGCGUCGCCAGACUUCCGCGCCUUGUCAUCCCUUGGAGUCGAAAGAAUUUCCCCUAUAAAUACCCCCACAAACCUCCGACUCUCUCACCACCUCCUCUCCUGCAUUCGGAAUCCAUCCAAGGCAAGCCUUCCUCCUAGUCCUCAAUGGCCAACCCAUCGCUUCUCUUCGCCAUUUUCUUCGCCGCCCUCCUCGUCCAAGGUGGGCUUUCAACUACGUUCACCUUCAAGAACAACUGCGCCCAGACGAUCUGGCCUGGCAUACAGGACAACGCAAAUUCCCCAGCUUUCCCGCAGACGGGCUUCACGCUCGCCGCCUCGGCUUCCAACGCGAUAACUGCCCCGGCCCAUUGGUCCGGCCGGAUAUGGGGCCGGACAGGCUGCUCCACCAAUGCAGGGACAUUUACAUGCCAGACCGGUGACUGCGGCACCGGGCAGGUCGCGUGCAACGGCCACGGUGGCAACCCACCCGCCUCGCUCCUCGAGUUCACCCUGAAUGGCAGUAACGGGAAGGAUACUUACGACAUAAGCUUGGUGGACGGCUUCAACUUGCCGGUCUCCAUCACUCCACAAGGUGUGUCGGGCUGCCAAACCACAUCAUGUUCGGCGAACAUCAACGCCCAGUGCCCGACGCAGCUGCAGGUGACGGAAUCCGGUACUGUCGUCGCCUGCAAGAGCGCUUGCGACGCUUUUCACCAACCCCAGUACUGCUGCACUGGAGCCUAUAGCAGCCCGAAAGCAUGCCAGCCGUCGAGCUAUUCGAAGUUCUUCAAGACGGAGUGCCCUCAGGCUUACAGUUACGCUCAUGAUGAUACUAGCAGCACCUUCGCUUGCCCUACUGGGGCUAAUUACCUCGUUACCUUCUGUCCCUAAGAUCUCGUUUUGUGUGUCACCAAAACAUCGUGAUCUACACCCUCGUAAUAACAUUAGAAAUAAAGCCCAAAGUCCGGAGCAGCCCUGAUGCUCCGAUGUGGCGCCGCGGUCGGUCUACAAUAUAAUGAUUUUUAUUCAAAUAAAUAAACUUCUUAUUUACUUCUUGCA